AUGGGUCACCCCGAUGAGAUCAAUGCUCUCGAAGCACAGCCAAGCUACAAUGACACUAAGGAAGGCGAGCAAGAAGAGCCGGUUCAGCUUCACCGAGAUCUUAAGGCCCGUCAUAUUUCCAUGAUUGCAAUUGGUGGUGCUAUUGGUACUGGAUUGAUUGUUGGCACUGGUAGUGCCUUGACAGCUGGGCCUGGCUCUUUACUGAUUGCGUACUGCUUCAUGGGUCUCGUCGUUUGGACAGUCAUGUGUGGUCUCGGUGAAAUGGCUGCCUGGUUACCCCUGUCAUCUGGUUUCACGGGAUACGCUGGCCGUUUCUGUGACCCUGCUCUCGGAUUUACUCUUGGAUGGUGCUACUACCUUAAAUACAUCAUUCUCCCACCCACGCAACUUACGGCUGCAGCCCUUGUGAUCACCUAUUGGCCCAAAACCUCAGCAGAAAAUGUCAGUCCAGGCGUAUGGAUUGCUAUCUUCAUGGUGACAAUCAUUGUGAUCAACUACUUUGGUGUGAAGUUUUUCGGCGAGCUGGAAUUUUGGCUUUCCUCCUUCAAAGUGAUCAUCAUCCUGGGCAUAAUUCUUUGCACUUUCAUCUUCGCUAUGGGCGGUGGCCCCGAUCAUGAUAGACGAGGCUUUCGGUACUGGCAAGAACCUGGUGCUUUUGCCACCAAAUAUACGGACGGCAAUCUUGGAAAGUUUCUUGCUUUCUGGUCCACUAUGGUCCAAGCCACAUUUGCGUUCCUUGGUACCGAGCUGAUUGGUGUUACCGUCGGAGAGGCCCAGAACCCCCGCAAGACCAUCCCCAAGGCCAUCAAGCUUACCUUCUGGCGAAUCAUCGUCUUCUACAUCCUCAGUGUUCUUUUCGUCGGCAUGUUGGAUCUGGCCUUCGCCACCAAGGCCAAGAGCUCUGCCGCUGCCUCCCCCUUCGUUGUCGCAAUGAAGCAAGUUGCUGCUCUUCCUCAUAUCAUCAAUGCCUGUAUCCUUGUUUUCGUGCUCUCCGCCGCAAACUCCGAUCUUUACAUUGCGACUCGAACACUAUAUGGUCUCUCGCGUGAGAAGAAGGCCCCCAAGAUCUUCUCUCGCACCAAUGCGGCCGGUGUGCCCAUCUAUGCCCUGGGCCUCUCGGCAUGUUUCUGCCUUCUCGCAUUUAUGAGUGUUUCCAGUGGCUCCAAGGCAGUCUUUGGCUAUUUCACUGAUAUGGUGUCGAUCUUUGGACUUCUGACCUGGAUCUCCCUUCUUAUCACUCACAUCUUCUUCAUUCGUGCUCGCCGCGCACAGGGUGUCGACGAGUCAACCCUGGCAUACAAGGCUCCCUUGGGAAUUAUUGGUUCCUCCAUCGCCCUAUUUUUCUGUGUUCUGGUGGCCUUCACCCGCAGCUUCGGCGUGUUCAUCCACAACCCUGAGAAAUACGGGAACUUUGAUUACAAGACCUUCAUCACCUCGUAUCUCGGAAUUCCCCUCUACGUGAUGGCAUUCACUGGCUGGAAGUUCUUCAAGAAGACCGAGCUCAUCAAGCCCCACAACGCCGAUAUCUGGACCGGAAAGGCCGAGAUUGAUCGCGAGGAGGCCGAAUUCGAGGCUCUCAAGGCAAUCGAGGACGCAAACCUUUCUGGAUGGAACAAAGUUUACAAGAAAAGCCUCGCGUUCCUUUUCUAG